CCACCACCACCACCAUCACCACCACCAUCACCACCAUCACCACCACCACCUCUACCACCACCACCAUCACCACCAUCACCACCGCCACCUCUACCACCUCCACCACCAUCUCUACCAUCACCAACUCCACCACCAUCACUACCACCACCACUACCACUACCUCUACCACCACCUUUACCACCACCACCAUCACCACCAUCACCACCACCACCGCUACCACCACCACCACCUCCACCACCAUCACCACCACCACCACCACCACCUCCACCACCUCCACCACCACCACCUCCACCAUCACCACUACCACCACCACCUCUACCACCAUCACCACCACCAUCACCAUCACCACCACCUCCAUCACCAUCACAACCACAAUUACCACCACCAUCUCCACCUCCACCUCCACCUCUACCAUCACCACCACCACCUCCACCUCCAUCACUACAACCUCUACCACUAUCAACACCACCACCACCAUCACCACCACCUCUACCACCAUCACCACCACCUCCACCACCAUUACCACCACCUCUACCACCAUCACCACCACCACCACCACUGCCACCUCCGCCACCUCCACCACCACCACCUCCACCACCUCCACCACCUCUACCACCAUCACCACCACCACCACCACCACCACCACCAUCACCACCACCUCUACCACCAUCACCACCACCUCCACAACCAUUACCACCACCUCUACCAACACCACCAGCACCACCACCACUGCCACCUCCACCACCUCCACCACCACCACCUCCACCACCUCUACCACCACCACCACCACCACCACCACCAUCACCACCACCUCUACCACCAUCACCACCACCUCCACCACCAUUACCACCACCUCUACCACCAUCACCACCACAACCUCCACCUCCAUCACCACAACCUCUACCACUAUCAACACCACCACCACCACCAUUACCACCACCUCUACCACCAUCACCACCACCUCCACCACCAUUACUACCACCUCUACCACCAUCACCACCUCCACCACCACCACCAUCACCACCACCACCUCCACUUCCACCUCCACCACCACCACCAUCACCACCACCACCUCCACCUCCACCACCACCACCUCCACCACCAUCACCACCACCACCACCACAACCUCUACCACCACCAUCACCACAACCUCCACCUCCACCACCAUCACCAUCACCACCACCACCUCCCCCUCCACCACCAUCACCACUGCCACCUCUACCACCACCACCAUCACCACCACCACCUCCACCUCCACCACCACCACCACCUCCACCACCAUCACCAUCACCACCACCACCUCCACCUCUACCUCCACCACCAUCACCAUCACCACUGCCACCUCUACCACCACCACCAUCACCACCACCACCUCCACCACCUCUACCACCAUCACCGUCACCUCCACCACCAUCACCAUCACCACCACCACCUCCACCUCCACCUUCACCACCACCACCACCACAACCACCUCCACCAUCUCCACAACCAUCACUACCACCACCACCACCUCCACCACCACCACCACCACCACCACCACCACCACCACCACUACCUCCACCACCAUCACCACCACCACCACCUCUACUACCAUCACCAUCACCACCACCACCUCUACCACCACUACCACCUCCACCACCAUCACCACCACCAAACUCGAUACCCCUGUCCCCACCUCCCCCAGAGGCAAAUGCCCUCUUGCAAGGCAGCAAUCUCUCCUGGAAUCAGGUUCCUGGUACUUCUAAGCCAGUGUUUGUCCUCCUGGCCUUCAGGGCCAGGGCCAAGGCCACAACAAUGCAGCCCUUCUUCAGUGGCCCUCUUACCUUCCGGGAGCAGGCAGGGUGUGGCAAGAACUUCUGGGUGGCAAGAACUCCAGGGUGUGGUGAGAACCCUGGGUGUGGCUGCCCAGCACAGGCCUUGGAGAAAGCAGUUAAGAAACAAGCAACAGGGCUUGGUGUCUCAGGUCCGAAUGUUGGAGCCCAAGGUUCUAACUGUGUUAUGGAGUAG